AGUCCAUUAGACCGGAAUCACGACUGCAGCAAUGAACGACGGCACAUCCACUAUCAAGCUGCAGACCUACGCUUCUCACCUGAACACCGUCCUCCUGCCCUCCUUGGAUCAAUUGAGGCGAAAUCUGGCAAAGUUGGAGCAAGACAUCGCAGAAUAUGAUGAUGUAUCUCAAAAAGCCAAGCUUCUCGUCGCCGAUGCUCGGCGGCCCCAAGAGGCGAUGAUGGACCUCGGUGCUGGAGUCUAUGUCGAUGUCAUCGUGCCGGACACGUCCCAGAUGACACUAGACCUAGGACUGGACAUUCACCUACAGAUGCCCGUGGAUGAGGCAGGGGAGUACGCUGCGAAACGUGUAACAAUGCUUCAAAAACGCAGAUCCGCUCUGAAGAUCAAGGAAGAAAACCUGAUCUGGCAGAUCGAGCAGUUCCGCGGCGCAAUGAAUCAGGCCAGCGGCCUUGCGACCUAAGCUGUUGAGGAUAUUUGCAAUGCUCGGAAUGACAGCGCGCCAUUAACCUUUUCUCCUGGCCGUCGUUGUCUCUUAUCCGAGUCUGACUAGCGAUCAUUUCGCGAAGCAGCUAAGCGCUUGGCCUUUUGGGUCCCGUCCAGACCAUAGAGGUGCUUCACGUCCCAUUUCAGGGCGGGUGGGGAGUGGUAUACGGAGCGCUCCAGCAGCCGACGCGCUUUUGCCCCCCAUUGUCAGAUCCAGGAUGCAUGGAGCGUCUUGAUCCCAGCAAGCUAUGUAUACAUAGAUCCUAGAAGCGGAUGGCCGCAUGUAUGCAUAUGGGAUGUAUACGAAG